AGGGGAACGCGGCCGGCAAGCCUUCCUUCGCGGAUGAAGGGGUUCAAAGCCUGCUCUACAAGAUGACUGGGCUCAACCUACAGAAGGUUUUUAGGCCGGUGAAAGCGGAGCUUAAACCGCCUAAGUACAAGCUGAUGACAGAAGCUCAGCUGGAAGAGGCUACCAGAAAAGCCAUUGAGGAAGCUAAAGAAAAACUAAUCAUGCCUCCUGUUUUGAAUGAACGAGAGCAAAUUGAUGAUGUCUUAGCAGAAGACAAAUUCCUUGAAGGAACUGAAACUACAAAAUACGUGUUUACAGAUUUGACUUAUUCGGUCCCACAUCGUGAACGUUUCAUUGUAGUUAGAGAACCAAAUGGCAUAUUACGCAAAGCAACCUGGGAAGAACGAGACAGAAUGAUACAGAUAUUCUUCCCAAAAGAAGGGCGCAGAGUUAUUCCCCCAGUGUUAUUCAAGGAUGAACACCUUGUGACCAUGUUUCAGCAAGACCGUCAUGAGGAUAUCCUUAACAUGUGCAUUGCUCAGUUUGAGCCAGAUUCACCUGACUAUAUCAGAGUUCAUCAUCGGACAUAUGAUGACAUUGAGAAACAUGCCAAAUAUGAUCUGCUCCGUUCAACAAGACACUUUGGAGGAAUGGUAUGGUAUCUAGUAAACAGAAAGACGACAGAUGGCUUACUAAUAGAUAUGAUCCAGAGAGACCUGCUGGAUGAUGUUACAAGCUUAAUUACACUGUAUCAUAUGCUUCAUCCUGAAUGUCAAUCGGCAAAAGAAGCGAAAGAAGGCAAACUUCAAGGAGUUGAUCUGAUCAAGGUCUUUGUGAAAACUGAAUCACAGAAAGAAGGCUAUAUACAACUGGCCCUCCAAGCUUACGAAGAAGCAAUGGCUACUUUUACAGCUUCAUGAAAUCAACCUUAGUUCAUUGUGUGUUUUAACUCUGUUUAUAAACAUUCUCUGUACCGGACUCCACAAUAAAUACUUGAAA